AUGGCCGACGACCCCUCUGUUCCGAAGGACACGAAGCAGGACGAGAUCGCGACGGCGAUCCUGCGGAAGAAGGACCGGCCGAACCGGCUGGUGGUCGAGGAGGCCGAGAACGAUGACAACUCGGUUGUUGCGCUCAACACGGCGACGAUGGAGCGGCUGCAGCUGUUCCGCGGCGACACGGUGCUGCUGAAGGGCAAGAAGCGGCGCGACACGGUAUGCAUUGUGCUUGCAGAUGACACGUGUGCCGAGAACAAGAUCCGGAUGAACAAGGUGGUUCGCAACAACCUGCGGGUCCGGCUCUCGGACGUCGUCUCGAUCCACCCGUGCCCGGACGUCAAGUACGGGUCGCGCAUUCACGUGCUCCCGAUCGACGACACGAUCGAGGGUGUGACCGGCUCGCUCUUUGACGUCUUCCUCAAGCCGUACUUUCUCGAGGCAUACCGGCCGGUCCGCAAGGGCGAUCUGUUCCAGGUCCGCGGCGGCAUGCGCGCGGUCGAGUUCAAGGUUGUCGAGACCGACCCUCUCCCGUACUGCAUCGUGGCGCCCGAGACCGUCAUUCACUGCGAGGGCGAGCCGAUCAAGCGCGAGGACGAGGAGCGGCUCGACGACGUCGGCUACGACGACAUUGGCGGCUGCCGCAAGCAGCUCGCUCAGAUCCGCGAGAUGGUCGAGCUCCCGCUCCGCCACCCGCAGCUCUUCAAGUCGAUCGGCGUCAAGCCACCGCGCGGCAUCCUCAUGUACGGUCCGCCCGGAACUGGAAAGACCCUCAUUGCCCGCGCUGUUGCCAACGAGACGGGCGCGUUCUUCUUCCUCCUUAACGGGCCGGAGAUCAUGUCCAAGAUGGCCGGAGAGUCAGAGUGCGCCAUCGGCUCGACCAUCGUCACCGACUACGCCGGUGUCGGCCGCCGCAUUGACACCUACGACACCCGGCACCAGGUCCUGACCGCCACCGUCCCGACCGGUGCGGGCGCCGCCCCGGUGCCGCUCCCGGGCGAGGCCCCGCUCGACUUUGACGCCCGCCGCGUCACGUCUGCGCUCUCGGCCGCCCCGGCUGAGUACCGCAACAACGGGCCGCGGACCCAGUUUGUGGAGAUUGUUGCCCAGGACGGCACCGAGUUGGUCUUUACUCCGGACCACCUGUUCUACGCCCGUGCGCCUGGUGCCUCUGACUUUGCCUACACUCCGGCCAAGGAGCUCACCACCGAGCACGUUCUCUGGGCGCAGGCGCUGCCUGUUACCGGCAACACCGACCAUACGGUUGCGCCCGGAUCGGCUUACGCCGCCGCACUCGCGUCGCCCGCCGUUCGCGCGAUCGCCCUCGGCGACGACGAUGCCGCGCUGGCCGAGACCAUGGCCGUCCUUGGCCGCAUCGCCGGCCUUGUGAUGGGCGGUGGGUCUUUCACCGGCCGCCGCGCUCGCGUCAUUCUUGGCAGCCGCCUCGAUGUCGAUGCGCUCGCGACCGACCUGGACCUGCUCGGCUUUGAGCUCGGCGCCACGCGCUUUGUCAACAACGAGCGCACCCUGGUUGACGAGGAGUCGAGCAACAUGUCUGGCUGGGAGUGUGCCCUGCCGGCGGCUGUUCGUGACGCCAUCGCGGAGAUCAUCCCUCUCGACGCCUCCGGCCACAAGAAGUCGUUCCACCUCCCGGCGGUCUUCUCCUCCGCGCCGCCCCUUUUCCGGCGCGAGUACAUUGCAGGCCUCCACGGAGCGGACGGCGACAAGGCUGUCGCGCGCUCUGGCGACUCCCGCCGCACAUUUGCUGUCAUGGGCACUUCCUUCUCGAAGGACUUCUCCUCCGCGGAUGGGCCUUCGCAGGCUGAGCUCGGCGAGCUCGAGGCGUACCAGGCCGCUCUCAUGGCGGCAUACACUGACCUUGGGGUGGCUGUGCGCGUCAACAAGACUCAGGUCCGCUCGCACGCGUUCAACGACGACCUCGCGUCGUGCGUGUACACGUUCGACCUUGUGAGCGAGCCCAGCAACAUCGUUGCGUUCCAGCGUAACAUCGGCGUCCGCUACAGUGCCACCAAGGCCUCGAGCUUUGCCGUCAACCGCGGCAUCACCGGUGAGCUUGCUCGCAAGAACAACGUGUACAACACAGUUGUUGAGAAGCUGUUGGAGAAGGCCCUCGUCAUGCUCGGCAAGCACUCGUCCUCCAACUUGCGCUCGCAGGUCAUCGGCCAGGUUCUCGGCGAGCUCAACGAUCACGAUGCUCUCUUUGCCCCGACCGAGGUUCAGAUGGACGAUGCAUGGGAGUCUGUGCUGCGCUUUGUCAAGGAUCAACUCGCCACCACGGGCCACCCGCUUGACGAGCCCAUUCCCGCUGACGUGGCUGGUCGCAUCAUGGAUGCCAACCGUGGCCGCACCAUGGACGCUCAGGUCGAGACCGACUUUGUGACGUCGACUCGGAGCUGCCCGGCUGCUGGCCGCGACGCGGCGUUCCACGGCGAGCUGGGCAUCAAGGCUGUGGCGCGCGUGACGCGCCCCGCCGAGCCGGUCUACGACCUCAUCGUCCCGCGCGCAGCGCACUUCCACGCCGAGGGCAUCCUCGUCCACAACUCGAACCUUCGCAAGGCGUUCGAGGAGGCGGAGAAGAACGCGCCGGCGAUUAUCUUCAUCGACGAGGUCGACUCGAUCGCGCCCAAGCGCGACAAGACCAACGGCGAGGUCGAGCGGCGCAUCGUGUCGCAGCUCCUCACGCUGAUGGACGGCGUCAAGUCGCGGUCGCAGGUUGUGGUCAUUGCCGCGACGAACCGGCCCAACUCGAUCGACCCGGCGCUGCGGCGGUUCGGGCGGUUCGACCGCGAGCUGGACAUUGGCAUCCCGGACCAGGUCGGCCGGCUGGAGAUUCUCCGCAUCCACACCAAGAACAUGAAGCUCUCGGACGAUGUCGACCUCGAGGUCGUGGCUGCCGACACGCACGGGCAUGUCGGUGCUGAUCUUGCGCAGCUCUGCACCGAGGCUGCGCUGCAGUGCAUUCGCGAGAAGAUGGACAUCAUCGACCUCGACGACGACACCAUUGACGCCGAAAUCCUUGACUCGAUGGCGGUGACGCAAGACCAUUUCCUGUACGCGCUUGAGGCGUCGAACCCGUCGGCGCUUCGCGAGACGACGGUCGAGGUGCCGAACGUCUCGUGGGACGACAUUGGCGGCCUCGAGGGCGUCAAGGCUGAGCUCCGCGAGAUGGUCCAGUACCCGGUCCAGUUCCCGGAGCUCUUUGCCAAGUUUGGCAUGGCGGCCUCGCGUGGCGUGCUUUUCUACGGCCCGCCCGGAUGCGGCAAGACCCUGCUGGCAAAGGCCAUCGCCAACGAGUGCCAGGCCAACUUUAUCUCGGUCAAGGCUGCCGAGCUCCUCACCAUGUGGUUUGGCGAGUCGGAGGCCAACGUCCGUGAGCUCUUUGACAAGGCACGCUCGGCCGCGCCCUGCAUCCUCUUCUUUGACGAGCUCGACUCGAUCGCCCGCCAGCGUGGCGGUGGCGGUGGCGACGCCGGCGGCGCCGCGGACCGUGUCAUCAACCAGCUCCUCACCGAGCUCGACGGUGCCGGCGUCAAGAAGAAUGUCUUUAUCAUUGGCGCCACAAACCGGCCGGACAUCCUCGACUCGGCUCUCAUGCGUCCGGGCCGCCUCGAUCAGCUCAUCUACAUUCCGCUGCCGGACCUUGCGUCGCGCCUCUCGAUCUUUGAGUCGCUCCUCCGCAAGUCGCCCGUCGCACCCGACGUCGACCUCAACGUUCUUGCGCAGUCGACCGCCGGCUUCUCGGGCGCCGACAUUGCCGAGAUCUGCCAGCGCGCCGCCAAGCUCGCCAUCCGCGAGACCAUCUCGGCCCGCAUGCGCGCUGCCCGCGAGGCCGCCGAGUCUGGCAUGGAGCUCGCCGUCGACGACGAGCUCGAGGACCCGGUGCCCUACAUCUCGCGCGCACACUUUGAGGCCGCCCGCUCUGUCGCCCGCCGCUCCGUCUCGGACGCUGACAUCCGCAAGUACGAGAUGUUCUCCCAGACCAUCACCACCUCGGGCGUCGACGGUGUCUUCGGCGGCGUCCCGCCUCCGGCCGCGCCUGGUGCCGCACCGGCCGCCGGCCUUGGCCUCGAUGCCGACGAUGACGACGACGAGGAUCUUUACAACUAGUCCGUUGCAGUAACACGCAUACACACCACCUC